AUGGCUAUUCCAGAGCGUAGAAUCGGCAGUGGAUCUGGUACGGGUUCCGCGGCGGAACUCCGCAGAAACAGCAGCAGCGGCUCUGCGUCGACACACGAGGCCCCGGCGGCGCCCGGCACAGUCCUGUCUGCCCGCCAGAUAAUGCUAAUUCGCGAGUCCUGGCAGUUGUUGCUGAGCGACGACAUUUCGUACGAAAAGCUAUGUGCCUUCGAUGCCCGGCUCAGGCACGGCCGCAGCAGCACCGCGGGCGCAGCCGCGCAGGGAGCGGCCGCGACGGCCGCUCCCGAGACCGCGACCCGCAAGGCGUACAACUCGACCUCCAGUUCGCUGUUCGCAGAGCAGUUCAUCGAGAACUGCUUCCUGCUCGAACCCGCGGUCCAGGAAUUGUUCCCGUCCAUCAGGCACGCGCCCAUCGGGGUUGCAGGCGUGCUGACCGUUGCCAUUAGCAACCUGGAGGACCUGUCCAUCCUGGACGGGUACCUGGAGAAUCUGGCCAAGCGGCAUGCUCGUAUCAUCGGCGUCCAGAAGGGCCAUUUCGAGCUGGCCGGCGCUGCGUUCCUCAAGACUCUGCGCGACCGCUUCGGCCGUUUCUGCACACCGGAAUUAGAAGAGACCUGGUCCCGACUCUACGAGUACCUCGCGAACUCGCUCCUGAGCUACGGAGUUGAUCCCGUGAUAGACCCGGCCGUGCGCGAGCAACAAACGCGCAGGGCGGUGGUGUUCGAAGUGCCUGCUCUGCGGAGCACCGGUUCUGGAACCGGUGCAGGAGCCGGUGCUGGCCUCGGUUCUGGCCACGGUUCUGGCCACGGCUCCGGAGCCGGUUCCGGAGCCGGUUCCGGAGCCGGCCCGGGCAUAGCCGGACAUUCCGCGCAGACCGCGCCGCGGUCGCCACGCGGUAGCGUGUCGACGUCACGUGGCGCGUGGUCGAUCUCGACGCCGCCAACGCCUUCGACCUCGUCUGUGCCUCCGUCGCCCGCGGCCGUCUAUAUGGACCGGCUCAGACAGCCCACAGUGCGCGCAAACCAGAGCGACUGCACGCUCAUGUGA